CGCUUCAGCCCGCCGGCCCCGGGCGUCGCCCCCGCCCCCCGCGUGGCCGCCGCCGCCGUCCCAGCCCCUGCGAGGAAGCGGCGCGGCUUCCUGCGGCCGGGGCCGGGAUAUAGGCGCCCCCGCCCGGGCUCGGCGCCGCCGCCCCUCCAAGCUUGCCUGCCGCGCGCGCGAUGGCCCGGCUCCGGGCAGAGAGUGCCGCCGGCGGCCGGUGGAUCCCGGCGACCCGCGCGGGGGGACCCUCAGCGCUCCGCCUCCUCCUCCUGCUGGGCGCUGUCCUGAAGCCCCAGGGUGCCGCGGCUCAGCUUCUUACCACCCCAGGCAGCUUGGAGUCAGAAGCUGUCCGGAAGCCCCAGGAAUCCGUGGCUCAGCUUUUUACCACCCCAGGCGUCUUGGAGUCAGAAAGGAAGAUGAAUGAAGAGUACCGUGACAGAAUUGAAGACUGCUGGGAAAACUAUACGGAUUAUAUGGACUCUAUCAAAGGAGACUGGUGCAACUGGGCCAUCAUUAGCAGGCCUUAUAGCUUCCUGCAGAACUGUUUGGAAGAGAAUGCGGAACGCUUUCACCUGGGCUUCCCCAAUUCCAUGGCGGAACACUUCAUCUUUCAGACUCACCAGAUCCACUUUGCCAACUGCUCCUUGGUGCAGCCCACCCUCUCAGACCCCCCAGAAGAUGUGCUUCUGGCCAUGAUCAUAGCCCCCAUCUGCCUCAUCCCCUUCCUGGUCACCCUCGUGGUGUGGAGGAGUAAAGACAAUGAGACUCAGGCCUAAGGGGGCAGGAGUUUCUCAGCAGCCGCCUCACUCCUUUCUCCUUCCACCACCAGGUCUCUCUCCUCGUCUCCCCACCCCCUUCUCUCACUCGCUCCCCAUAUGGAGCCUUAGACUUGGUGGGAAUGGAGCUGGGUGGGGUCAUGGCACAAAUUCUGUAAUCUUCAAAAUAAAAGGUUUCUUUUGUACACUGUC